AUGUUAUCAAUUCUUCCUUUUGGCUUCUUAUUUAUUGUGGUACUAGGCUUUGGAACUUUAUUUUCAUUGUCUUCAGUGCAUUGAUUAGGUAUUUGAGCUGGGUUAGAAAUCAAUUUAAUUGCUUUUAUUCCUAUCUUGGUUUAUAGAAAAGGAAUUACAAGAAGAGAGUCAGCUGUUAAGUAUUUUAUUGCUCAGGCGAUAGGAUCUGCUUUUUUGAUUUUAGGUAGAUUAAUUGGUUUUAGACCUAGAUUUUCUUGAAAUUUUAUAGAUUUUUCUGCUCAUAGUUAUUCUAUUAGUUUAUUAAUAGUUAAUUUGGCUUUGAUUUUAAAAAUAGGAGCAUUUCCAUUACACUAUUGAUUACCUAGUGUAAUAGCAGGAUUACAAUGAAUGUCUUGUUUGAUUUUAGUUACUUGACAGAAGGUGGCUCCUGUUUUUUUAAUAAUAUCCUUUUUUGAGGUUAGAUAUAUAUUUUGAUUUGCUUUACUUAUAAGAUUAGUAGGGGCAGGCUCAAGAAUAGUGGGUGGUGCUGGCGGAAUUGGGCAAACACAAGUUCGAGUUCUUUUAGCUUAUUCUUCUAUUGGGCAUCUAGGGUGAAUUAUAUUUUCUAUUGUGUUUAGGAGAAUAGCUGCAAAAAUAUAUUUUUUUAUUUAUGUUUUGAUUUCGGUGGGGAUUUUUUUAAAUUUAUGAAUUCUUGAUGCGAAAAAUAUAAUUAGUGUAAAGUCUUUUAAUCAGGGAUUUAAUAUUAAUAUUGUAAACAUUUUAGUAUUGUUAAUUUCUUUAGCUGGCCUUCCUCCUUUGUUAGGUUUUGUUUCUAAAAUAAUUGUUGUUAUAAGAUGCGUUAAUUAUGAUUUUAUUUUUAUCUUAAGAUUUUUAAUUUUAGGCUCUUUAAUAAGUUUGUUUUAUUAUUUAGGCUUGUUUUUUUCUUUAUACUUUAGAUGCAGUUCUUUUUUAAAAAUUAAGUCUUUUGUAGGUGGUUUAAAACUAAUUUUAAUUAAUACUAGGAUUUUAGUAAUUAAUUUUUUAAGAGCUUUAAUUAUUACUUGAUUAAUUGGAUUAUUUUAG